AUGGCACCCUACCUUUACAUCCCCCUCCACAUGACCGGUCACAUUCCUUGCCCCGUCUUGGCCAACCCUCCAAUGACGUCAUUGGUGUGGUUCAAGGACGACCACCCCCUAGAAAUUUCUCACCAUCGUAACUUACGCCUGCAUAGGGGUUCUACCCUAAUUAUUGAACCGGUGACCUUGAGAGACGAGGGGGUAUAUAGUUGCAUCCCUCAUUCUGUUCUUGGAGAGGGUAAAAAAUCGAGUGGGGUAAAGGUCUUUGUCAGAGACCACCCUCGAUUUCUGACCCGUCCGGACUCCAUCUACCAACGCCAGCCGACCCAAUUCGUGAGCAUGCCCUGUGUGGCGAGCGGUGACCCGCGGCCCUCAAUCACUUGGAAAAAAGUUAGUAUUUCCGUAGCACUUAAGUAA